AUGAGACUCGCCGGCGACUUCUUCCGGUCCCGCCUCCCGCGCGCCGACCUCUUCCUGCUCGCGCGGGUCCUGCACGACUGGACGGACGCGGCCUGCGUGCGGCUGCUGCGGCGGAUCCGGCGGGCGUGCCGGCCAGGCGGCGCGGCGCUGCUCGUGGAGAGCGUGCUGUCGCGGGGCGGGGCGGGGCCGGCGCGGACGCUGCUGCUGUCGCUGAACAUGCUGCUGCAGACGCGCGGGCGCGAGCGCACGGCCCGCGAGUACCGACGCCUCGUCCUCCGCGCCGGCUUCCGGGGGCUCCGCCUGCGGCGCCCGGGAGGGCCCUACGACGCCAUGCUGGCCCCGCGGUGA